GCGAAGCUGAUGCAACACUGAACGGAGAUAACGUAUAGGCACCACGGCUGAACGCUGUCGGAUCAGCUCGGAGUAGGAAGUAGCAUCUCUUUUCAUAAAGCCAUUCGGGCAAUAUUUUAUUUUGGCUCUUUAUUCUCCUGCAGACUAACUGGUAUCAGCAUGCCUGUCAUCAGAACCCUCAGCAAGGUGGCCAAGCAGGCUCUGCUCAGCACCCCUGGGUGUGGCUGCCAGCCCCUAACUGUGGCCGUGCGUACCAUCAGCUUCUCCCCUCGGCAGGUCACAAACGAUGCAAGCUUUCACUCUGUGUCCUUCUCAGAAACAGAUCACCCCAAAGUUCUAAUCACAGGUGGUCUGGGUCAGCUCGGAGUGGGACUGGCCAAAUUGUUGAGGAAGAGAUUUGGAAAAAACAAUGUCAUUCUGUCUGACAUCAGGAAACCCCCAAGCAAUGUUUUCCACAGUGGUCCAUUCAUCUACUCAGACAUCCUGGACUACAAGAACCUGCGAGAAAUUGUGGUGAACAACCGCAUCACGUGGCUGGUUCACUACAGCGCCCUCCUCAGUGCUGUUGGGGAAGCUAAUGUGGCCUUGGCACGCUCUGUUAACAUCACCGGGCUUCAUAACAUCUUGGACAUUGCAGCAGAGCACGGCCUGCGUCUCUUUGUCCCCAGCACGAUCGGUGCCUUUGGUCCCACAUCCCCCCGCAACCCUACGCCUGAUCUGUGUGUGCAGAGACCUCGCACCAUCUAUGGUGUUUCCAAAGUCCAUGCCGAGUUGAUGGGAGAGUAUUACCACCACCGCUACGGCCUGGACUUCCGCUGUCUCCGCUACCCAGGAAUCAUCUCUGCUGAUUCUAUGCCAGGAGGUGGCACAACAGACUACGCCGUCCAGAUUUUCCACGAUGCAAUCAAAACUGGCAAGUUUGAGUGCAACUUGAGGCCUGACACGCGGCUGCCCAUGAUGUACAUCGACGAUUGCCUGCGUGCCACGUUGGAGAUGAUGGAGGCGCCAGCUGAAACACUCAGCAUGAGGACUUACAACAUCAACGCCAUGAGCUUUACCCCAGAGGAGUUGGCCCAGGAGCUCCAGAAGCAGAUGCCUGAGCUGGAAGUCACAUAUGACGUCGACCCCGUACGACAGGCAAUUGCUGAUAGCUGGCCGAUGAACUUCGAUGAUUCCAACGCACGGAAUGACUGGGGCUGGAAGCACGAUUACGAUCUCCCAGAGUUGGUCCAGACCAUGCUUAACUACUUCGGUGUUGAAACGCGCAUGGCUCACGUUAACUGAGACGCUGCAUCAGAGUGUUUUCUUUGUAUAUAUUGUAAAAACUGACCAAAGACAACAGAGAAACUUGCCCUGUAAAUAGUAGUUCUCUGUAUAAAAGAGAAGGGCUCUGCUUGCCUGCUGCAAGACCACCAUGUCUCCAGAAUGUAAAGGUCUGUGCAGGCUUGACAAUCCUCCCUGUUCUGUUUGUGUACCUCUGCUUUGCUUGCUAAUGCUUUUUUCUGCUUAGACAUUUCAGGAAAGAGCAGUCUGUCAGUGCUGGAUCAGCUUGGCCUAUGACAUAGAGGAUGACAUGUUAAAAACGCAAAUUAGAAUUUUGGUUUGAUUUUUUAGCUAGACUUCAAAAUAUUGUUGAUAUUAAACUAUUGAGGCCUUUAGCUCUUUAGCUUAAAUUCAUUUAGAAGUGUGCAAAUGUAGACGAUGCAUCUUUUGAUGAUCUUGAAAGGGGGAAAGACAAAGAACCUGGUCAUCUUUGAGGGGGAUUAUCCGAUGCAGCGCAGCUCAGUAGUUCUGCAGAGUUAUUCUUGUUUAUUUCACAUAACAUUAUUUAUUCUGUCGCUGUUAAAUUUCUGGGAUUUUGUCACUCAAAAAAAUUUAAGUCUCUUCUUCCUUGAUGUUUUUCUUUACUUUUGUUAUUUACUUUUCUGUCCCUUUUUGUCAGUUCUCACAUUUCGACACAAAAUGUAGAUGUGACGCCAUAUGUCACAUCUGCAAUCAGACAUAUUUGGUGUCUGUACAAGAAAUGGAAACUUUUUUUUAAGUAUGAAAGAGCGUCUGAUCUUUCAAUCACAAAAACAAGCUUGGACAAUAAACCUUUUUCAUAUA